AUGUCUUCAGAUGGUAGGAAGUCAUCAUCUAAAAGUCUUAGUCCAAUUCCAAGAAAUAAUUCAUUAUCUGAAGGUGGUUCUUCACCAAAAACACAACAAGAAGUUAGAGAAUUUGAAGAAGAAAAAAAUAAUCAAUUAUUUGGUGACGUUAGUGAUUCUGAUGAUGAUGGAGAUGAUGAAAUUGUAAUAAAUAGAGCAAGAGAAGGUAGUAAAAGUGAUGAGGAAAGAAAAAGUCCAUCACUUUUGGCUGAUGAGGAUCCUAAUGAUGGUGUAAUACUUAGUGAAGAAGAGGAACGUCCACGAAUUCCCGGUUUUGCUUCAGACUUUGAUGAAAUGAUUGCCCGUAGAAAGGCACUUAAUAAAAGUAAAAGAAAACGUAAAAAUGAUGAUUUAACAUUAUUAAAUCAUUAUGAUGAUCAAAUUAGGGAUCUUAUGUAUAGAAUGGUUGAUGCAGCUAAAGAAGAUAUAGAUUUAAAUAGAAAAGGUUUACCUGCUCCUAAUAAAUUAAUGAUGUUAAAUGAUGUUAAAAGUAUGCUAUUAGCACAAGAAAGAUAUGAUCAAUUAAUUGAUAAUGGUUUUUUUGGUUGUAUUUCACAAUGGUUAACACCUUUACCAAAUCAAGCAUUACCAAGUAUUCAAAUAAGAACAUCUUUAAUAAAAUUAUUACAUGAUUAUUAUAAAAAACUUGAUACAUCAUCAUUAAAAGCUAGUGGUUUAGGAAAAGCAGUUAUGUUUUUGUCAGAUCAUCCAGAAGAGACAUAUGAAAAUAAAAAAUAUGCUAGGAGACUUAUUAGGGCAUGGAUGGAACCUAUUUUUGCUGCAGAGCUAGAAGAAAAAGGAAGACAAAUGAGGGAGAAAAGAGAAAAAGAAGCUUUGAAGGAGGCAGCUAAAAGAAGACGUCUAUCGAAAGAAUCUGAAAAAAAUCCGGAACGUGAAAUAAAUAGAGCUCGUGUUCCUCAAUUUACAGCACGUGAAUAUUUACAUAGACCAUCGGCAAAUUUUGAUGCCACUGUCCCAUCAACUUCUAGGGGUGGAGAGGGUGAUAGAUUUUCUAAAUUAUCAAAAAGUCUUCAAGAUCGUUCAAAAACUAAUAAAGGUCCAGAUCGUAUGGUAAAAGUAUCCAUUGAAGGAAGAAGAAUGUAA